CUCACACUCUCCCUCUCGCUCCCUCUCUCUCUCUUACUCUCUCUCAGUCAAAGGGGGGAUUCUCCGUAACCAGCUGUAUCUUAAUGUGAUCCUCACUUCUCAUCACCAUUUCAUUGAUGUUCUCUCAUUUUUUGUUUUAUUUUCUCUUCUGAAUUAAAUUACUCUGCUGCCGAUGUCACAGCUGGCGUCCAAUGUUUGGAUGCUACCAAGGUGCACAAAACGUAGAGGGAAUGGAAGAGAACUUUUAAGGCUGCUACCAGUGGGUCUUUCUCUUGAAUAGACACGCUGGAUUGGUUCAUUUGCUGUUGAGAGACUAGUCAACAAUGGCAGGAUUUUUGUUGUAGUGGAUGACUCAUUUAGGUUAUUUUCCUCCCUUGAAACUGCUGGAUACAGAUUUUCCUUUCUUUUGUUCCACUUGCAUAUUUCACCUCUCAGCUACUCUGUAGAAUUUUUUGGGACUUUUAUGGAGUGUGAAAUUUUUGCAGCAAGUGUGAAGUUUGGAGGAGCAAAGUGAUACGAAGCAUGGCUGAUGGAACUGCGGCUGAGUGUUGAACCCUUCUGUCCAGGGAGGCAGUCCAGAUAUGACCACAGUGUCCAUGGAGCCUGUAGGAGUCCUCGUGGAAAGGGGCGCCAAUGCCACCGACUCCCCUCUGAACACGCAUGAGGACACAGCCGCUACUUUUACCAUCGGCACCAUCCUCUCCAUCAUGUGCCUCGUUGGAGUCUCUGGGAACAUCUACACCCUGGUGGUCAUGUGCCACUCCAUGAGAACUGCAGCCUCUAUGUACAUCUACAUCAUAAACUUGGCUUUGGCAGAUCUGCUGUAUCUUCUUACCAUACCCUUUGUAGUCUGUACACACUUCCUAAAGGGAUGGUACUUUGGGGACGCAGGGUGUCGGAUUCUGAUCAGCAUGGACUUCCUGACCAUGCAUGCCAGUAUCUUCACACUGACAAUCAUGAGCACGGAGCGCUACUUUGCUGUGCUCAAGCCACUCGACACAGUCAAGCGGUCUAAAAGUUACCGGAAGGCCAUCGCUCUGCUGGUCUGGGUUGCAUCUCUCAUCCUCACCCUACCGAUGAUCGUGAGCCUUCAGCUAAUGGCAGUGGGAAACAAGGCUAUGUGUCAGCCCACCUUGUCGCCACUCUCCUACAAAGUUUACAUCUCCUUCCUGUUUUGCACUAGCAUUGUCGCUCCAGGACUGAUCAUUGGCUAUCUCUACAUCCAGCUUGCACGCACUUAUUGGGUUUCACAGACGGAGACCUUCAAACAGACCAAGAAACUACCCAACCAAAAGGUGCUGUACCUGAUCUUCACCAUUGUGCUCCUCUUCUGGGCAUGCUUCCUGCCUUUCUGGAUAUGGCAACUUCUGGGUCAGUUCAAACCCUCACUUUCCCUGUCCACCAAAGCCAAACGCAACAUCAACUACCUGACCACGUGUCUGACGUAUUCCAACAGCUGCAUCAACCCUUUCCUGUACACUCUGCUCACCAAGAACUACAAGGAGUACCUGAGGAAGCACAAGCGGUCCUGGACAGCUGGCAGCUACUUCAACAGGAGGAGCCGCUUUCAGCGUUCGCCACGCAGGUCGCCAUCUUCCAGCAGUCAGCAGUGCACUGAGAGCUUUAUGCUCACGCACACAGCUUCCCUGCGAGCACACAACAGCAGUUUGUAAGAUAUGACUGGGCUGUGCCAGCUGGGGAAGAGGAAGAAAGGACAGAAAGAAUCCAUUGGGAGAUGACACAAACAGCAUCAGACCCUGAACUCCUCAUCAACACAACUGUGAAAGAGGAUGAAGAAAAUCAAAGUUUCUUUUGUACCUGCAGUUCAAUCCGUGUGGACACAAUAGCAGUGUAUGAGCAGGAACGGAAUGAAAAGCUGGUUGCUGUUUGUUCAAAGUAGACGUCUGCAUUUAUUUGUCACUCCCAGAAUUUCCUGAGGCAUGAGGAGAAAAGACCAGUGUCUUACACAGCAGAACAGAGACCUUCUGACUUUUACCUUUCCUCUUUUAUAUUUACCCUCUGUCCCUCCCAUGGUGCAUUGUUUCGGCCUACAUGAGAAAGUGUCUUUGUCAUUUCUUGGUGACGGAGAGGAGUCGUGCAAACAGAGACGACAGGAAAGUGACGCUGUUGGGCAACAUUACCGAAGCAUCAAUGCUGUGUUUUACAAAAAAUUAAACUGUUGUAAUUCCAGUCAAGUUGACGUUAAAGAGUAAGAGUUAAGAGUCUGGCAUGUGACAUUUUAAAUCCACGAUACAAAUGCAUGAAAGAAUGAAAGAGCUUUAGCUUUAGCAAGAGAAUGCUUUUAGAGCACAUCUGAAAUGUUCGUGUUUUAACGGCAAGCCAGUGUUCAGACCGACAGCAGCACUGCUCCAUUCAUUCCCAUUCACCACGAAAACAACAAGUUGAACCUGACUCCACAUAAUGCGACAACUUCCAGGACGAUACUGCAAUCACAUAUGUGCAAAGGCACACUCCUGGUAAAUUACUUUGUAGUGAGAAUUUUUCUGUUUACUUCACAGUCGUCGUGACAAAAGAUAUAGUUAUAUUUCUAGAGUUAUAAAAUCCUUUCUCAUGGUAUUAUAAAUCACUGUGCAGUGUUUUGCUGUCUCUUUCUCAUAGUGCACUUUUCUGGAUUGCAUAACACAGUGCUGUUUUCGGUCUGAACGACUAGUAAGGCAGGCGAUAUUAUGUGUUUUUCUUACCGCCAACAAAUCCCAUGAAAAGACCAAAACCAACACUGAAUGGAUCCUGCUAACGAGUAGUGGCCUGAUAUAUCUCCCUCUGUGCUAUAGACCUCAAUUAUUGUCUAACUAGACUAAAAAUAUAUCUUUUAAAAAAUCGAGUCCACACCACAACUAUAAUGACAACAGUGGUGAACAAUAUUGUUGGGAUCACUUUCAGACCAAUUGUAAGAACAAUAUUGUAACAUACAACUUAUUAAACGCCUAUACAGGGUGUGGAAGGCCCUCAACAGUCAUGCUAGCAGCUUGGUAAGACUGUACAUAGCUUAACAUGCUCAUAAUGACGAGGCUAACAUGCUGAUGAUAACAUUUAAUAUUUAGUUUGACAUUUUAGUUAAACAUUUUAGCAUAAUAUAGAAUAAUUAGAUUGAUACCUUCAGUAGGAAGAUACUGUAAGGGCCACUGACAGGUUAGAAGAGUCAUAAAGUAUUCAGAGGGACUAACAGCCUGUUGGUUUUGGUAAUUUCAGGGGAUUUCUUUUAUUUUACUUGAAUGAGGAAAAUAAGGAGAAAUGGCAGCCCUAUGUGCAAAACAAGGUGGUCCUUUAAUACGUGAAAACAUCAGAACCAUGCUUUGAACUUAAACUGAAAUAAAUUGUAAAAAGAAAAAUUUAAUAUAUGGUUGAGAAAAGAAAAAAAAAAAUCCCGUAACAAUAUUGUUCCUUUGCAUGUCAAUACUGCUAUUUAAUGCUACUGUACAAUGCUAUCAGUCAUAACGAAACACAGAAAAGCCAAAAGUGCUUUUUUAUGUGGAUUUUCUCAGAUCUAUAAAGCUCCUCUGAGGCCUCUAUUGCCAUCCUGGGCCAGUGGAACAUGUUAUGGCUUCAAUUCUAAUACAAGAAAGGAUACAAAGAGCGUGAGCACAGUUGCAGGUAGGAACCAAGCUGUUACAUCUCUAUUGAUUUCACUCCCAGAGCAGCAGGAGACAAGCUGCAAACAUUGCCUGGCUGGUGCAUAUUAAACCAAUCUAUCCUCUGAAGAAAUCGUGUACUUGGGAGGUUUUGUAUGCUGGAGCUUGAAACGUGGGAGAAAUUUACACAGAUCUCAGUGCGAGAUCUGAAGCAUUUUUUAGAUGCUGGCUUUGUAUUCAUAUAGCCCACACUGUACACAUGAGAAAUCAACACUAGCCAUGUUAAUAUGCAUUUGAGUAAAGCCAGAUUUCAUACCCUGUGAUUGAGUCUCCGAUGUCAUAAAUAAACCAAUUUACUGGCCAAGAUAGAACUGCCUUCCAGCCAAAAAGCAUUACAAGGUUUGGUUGCUUUCUGUCCUCUUUGACCGAGCUGUAGCUUAAAUGGAAUACAAAAAAAGGAGUGAUAAUAAUAAUGGUGUAUAAUAGCACUGGGCCCUACUUUGCAUUUGAGCAAGUGCAAGUGACUGUUGGUGAUUUUAAAGCUUGUAAAUUAAACACUACAAAUGUCUGUGGGAUUGACUUUCCUCCUGCAUUGUCACAUAUGUAAACUCUUUACUUUCCGCAUUGUCAUUCAUGAGCAGGCUGGUCUCUUCUGCCAGGGGGCUUUUCAAAGUCGGAAAAAAUAAACUUCAUGAUUUCAUUAGGGUUGGACUACAAUCUUCUGGGAUUGGAAACUAGUUAACUAGUUAUGUUGAAUGGGGAUAAAUGAUUCAAUCUUGCAAAUUUAAAAAUGUUAUCAGACUAUACAGAACAAAUUCUGAUAGUGAAAUGAGUCAUUUACCUGCUUUUUAACUUUUGCUAAGCUAGUGGCUCAAAGAGGCUAACUUUCCGGUGUCUGUGCUAGAGUGCCAAGCUAUGGCUACGUAGUAGAGACGUUGGCUUAAUAGGAGCUUUUAUAGGGUUGGUUGGUAACAAAAACGAAAAACAAAACCUAUUGCAAUUCAAUUGUAAUAGCCGGGUUUCAACCAGUAGAGGACAGUCGCUAUGCAUUUUUAUAGCAAAAUAUGUUGAAUUCAAAUACACUAAAAUGUCAAGAUUUGGACCUGAAUCAAUCAACAACACUAGUAUUACCCAUAUACAUACGUUUUCAACUGGUUUUGGGGUUCAGUUACUCAUGUAAGAUUGUGUUUUGGUUAAAUUUUAAUACAAAAUCUUGUCUUAAGUCACUGCUGACUGUUGAAUAAUGCUGUUUGAUUGCCUAUUUUGGUGGAAAACAAAGCAAAUGUGUUAUCAGUGAACAUUUCUAUCAGCAUCAACAUUUUUAUGACUUGCUAGGUAUGUUAAUAAACAGCAUUUUCUUAUUAGGUUAUUAAAAAUUGUAAUUAGGUUUGCAUUACAAUUCCCUCAAAACGUAUUUGCUGUUGCAGAUUAGUGCUACAUUAUAAACAUAACUACUAGGAGACAGGGCUGCCUUCAAAUAUCAUACAUAAGAGUUUUUGAAUUAAAUGUAACAGAAAAUUGUUGUAGAAUAUUGUGACAACCUGGAUUGCAUCGCUAAUAUACAAUCUGACUGAUUUCUUCCUGGUUUGUACCCCAAUUCAUUCACUUCAUUUUAUCAUUCAGUUGAGGUUAGGAGGAGAGCAGGAGAGUUUCCCGAUCAGAGCAAAACGCUCAAAUUGUAAAAACAAAGCUUCACAAUCUCUUCAUUACAUUUUUUUCAAUCCCCACAAUUAGCCAUCCUACAGUAUAUCCUACUCUUAAAACCCUCACUCUGGAUUACGCCACAUUGCCUCACCACUCCACUGUCAGCUGUCACUGAAGCCGCUCAUCAUUUAUCCACAAUCCAGAAGCAAAAUUUUGAUCUCUGGACUGGACUGACUUGACUAUUUUUCAGACUGAAUUGAGUUGAUCUUUUUUGAUUUAUGAACAGAAUCUAAUUUCUUUCUUUUUUUUAAAUUAUUUUCACUUUUUGGACGUGACCCUAGAAAAGAAAACACAGUGGAAUUUUGAGUUUGGAAUAUCUCUGUUUUUGAUUAACUUUGGGACUGUGGGAUUUUGGGGUUAUUUUGGUGAAUUUUUGAUGAACUGUGGGAAUUCAGGAAUAUUUUUUUGAGAAUUUGAAAAAUAUAUCUUUAAGAGGAUGUGUUUGUAUUUUUAAUUUCAUCCUUAUUGGCAGUUUGAUUUGAACCUUUUAAAAAACAAAAACACCUACGAAACAAGAACAAUAAAAAAACUUCUUGCAAGGAGAGAGACCUGACCGGCACCCUAUCUAAAUACCAUAUAAAAAGUAGAGACCCUAAGUCAAACUGUUACAUUAUGAGUACCUGAAUAACACCUUAAUAAUGGACCAAAAUCAGCACCUGUCUUCUACAAUUGGUGACAAGCAGUUCUUACUGAAUUAUAAUAUUUUGGCAAAAAUUCUCUGGUGUUGUUCCCAGGUUUGAGUCUGGCUUGUGAUCUUUGUUGCAUGCUAUGCCCCUCCUCUCUCCACCCUUAUUUCUUGUCUAUCGUGCCAUUAUAAACUAAACAAAAAGAAAAAAGAUUUCAAAAAAAUAUAUUAAGAUGUUGUCACUGCUACAUUCUGAAAGUCAUUGCCUGCUUUUGUGAGUGAUGCCAGGACAUUUAAUCUCAAGUUUCUGGACACCUGAUGAAUGUGAGUCCAGUAUACGCUGAACGCAAAGUAUAGGUCUGCAGCCCAAUAGGUCUGCAGUUGUUAGAUGUUGCUUCGGCUUUCAUGCUACUUGUUGCUGAGCAGGUAGGGAUGUCUAUGACUGUCAGAGCUUCUUGGCUGGAAAUGAUUGCCAGCACUUUAGCUGUGUAUUUAGACAGAACGAAAUGCAAAUUUUAGAGGUGGUGAAUUUGUAUAUAAAGUCGAUAGACAGGCACAAUUAGACACAAUUUCGUAAAUCACGUGUAUGCACAAGUUGAUAAUGUUUCAAAUUAAGCAAAAAAUUCACAUGAAUCUGCUUCAUAAACACACAGACCAAUUACGGUGGCGGGGCACAGGAAGUUUUUUCUCGCAAAUGUAUGACUUUAUAAUCUCAGAGAAUAUGCAAGCUUUUUUUUAAUUUAAUCUCAGAAAUGUUUUUGUUUUCUAUUUUAAUGUCACCCCCUCCCACAGCUCCAUUUAAAAAGAAAAAGAAAAAGAAAAACUUGGCCCUAAUACACUGUUGUAGAGGAGGGAGAGGGAGACUGCAGUGAAAUAACAGAAAGAAUGGGAGAUCAGUCAGAGGUUAUGUUGAACAUCAGUACAGUCAGACUGACUUUUUGGGGCAAAUAAACAGUCAAGUGGUGAAAUUCAUGGCAUGAGUUGUUAAUUUGUUUUGCUCUCUAUAUGAACAAACCUUAAUAUGGGAUGACUGAUGAGAGCUGUGAGACUGAAGCAUAGAGCUGCAGGGCUGGUUGUUGAUUCUUAGUGAGUUUGGCGCUCUAAACUGAGCCCAAUGUUAUUACAGUUUUCAUAAAUCUUCAUAAAUGUAAUGUCAUUUAUGGUUAAAUUAAGACCCAAGUCUUGUCAGUCCAAUUCCAUUCAAGCCUAAAAAUAUUUACUCCAGAUGCAGAUGAAGAAGGAAAAUCUAGUUUUUCUGACAGUAGCCAGUUUUCUCAUAAAUGUCACACAAAGCAAAGCCUGGUUAUUUCAGCCAGCUUAUAUGGUUUAUGGUUUUAAACAAACAUGAGCUUUGUAGGUUAACAACAGAUUUUUCCAUGCAUGUUAAUGUAGCUACUCGGAACGUCAGUGCUUAUCGCCGACCAUUUUUUGGUACAUGUAAUGUGAAAAUCUCCACCUGCUUAAUUAGACUUUGUUAUGAUAAAAUAAGGAAUCAGACACACAGUCCGGUCAUGAGGGGUUUGUCUGCCCUUGGCUGAUGUUGUAUUUAUCUUUAAUUGUGUUCUCCCUGUGGGUGACAGAACACCUGGAGCUUCAGUGCAAACCCGAUGCUGUUAUUCUGUUAUUCUCAUCUGACGAUGAGUGUUGUACAUUAUGUGCACUCUUAUUAAAAAACUGUUUGACCUCUCUGA